GUUAUUCCCUAAGCAGUGUUUACCUGGUGUAGACAAUGUUAGGAAUUCCGCCCUUCCAUAGGACCCGAUAAAUAGCCGCGCGCCGCCGAGGUCGCACCAUUCCGACCGCUCACCUCCACACAUUUGCCGCGACCAAAGCUCAUUUCGGAUCCACAAUGAAGAUCGCGUGUGCGUUUAUGGUGGUGGCUCUGGCCGUGUACGCGGAGGCCUACUCCGAGGGCGCCCCCACCAGCGCCUGCAAGGACAUGAUUCCCAGACAUCCCGUGGAGCCCAAGAAGACCCCGGCUCCUUAUAUCGUCACUACUAACACCAAGGUGGUAAAAGCUGGUACACCAUUGGAAGUAACCAUCUCGGGGAAGACGCCCAAGGACACGAUCAAGGGUCUGAUGCUGCAGGCGCGCGUGGGAGACCAGCCCGUCGGUACCUUCAAGCUGGCACCCAACGAGCAGCUCGUUCAGCUGCUGAAGUGCAGCAAUGCUGGUGACACGGUGACCCACAAGAAGCACGACGCUAGCCUGGACCGUCAGACCAUCACCCUCACCUGGGUGCCGCCCGCAGACCUCAACGACGAAGUCAAGUUCAGGGCCACCAUCGCGUUGAACGGAGCUGUGUUCUGGGUCGGCGUUGAGUCCGCACCCAUCAAAGUCUCUCUUUAAACUCU